AUGCCUCAACACCCCGCCAACACUCCCCCUCCGCCUCGUCCACCGCGAAGACACCCAAUCCGUUCAUCCACGACACCGCCGAUUCUCCCAGCCGACCCACUCGCACCGACUCUGACCACUUCGCCCGAACAACUCGACCACGACCGCGCAGGACCCGACUCGCCUCGGAGCGACACCUCUGCGCCGUUCUCAAUCCGGUCAUCGCACCUGCGCGCGAAUCGAUCUGCCACGCUUUCUCCGGCCGCGUUGGGAGGCGUCUCACCGCCGCAAGACCUGUUUGCGCUCGCUUCGGCUGCGCAACGAGCAGAGGGAGAAGAGUUGUUCGGGCCUUCGCCUGCUUUGACCGCGCGGUCUCUCCCACGCGGUGAGGAUGGUGAGGCGGAGGGGCGCAGGAGGUUGAGGGAGAAGUAUGCGGUUGGGAGGGACGGGGACGAGAAGUUGCAGAGGUUGCUGGAGGGGGUUUGGGGCGGGUACGGAGGGGCGACUGGCUACGCGAACGGACAUGCCGCAGCGGCAGACGCCUUCUUCCCGCCGCCAACUUCGCCUCCCCUUCGUCCGCCGCCGGAAGAGUCGCCUCCGUUCGACGAGAUCGACAGCAUCGACUCACCGCUGUCGUCCGCAGCGUCGAGACGCUCAGAACGUCGCAAGCAGCGCGAAGCGAUCCUCUCGCCUGUCCUUUCCGCGUUUCCUCCUACGGCGCAGCAGUCACCUCCGCAUCGGCAGGGGUCAUAUCCCCCUCUACCGGCCUACUCGUCACCUUCUCCUCCCCUCUCGCCCGUCGGGGCCCUACGCUCCCGCUCGCCUUGCCCUCCUCCCGCCUCUCCUCCCUCGGCACCAGCCGACCGCACCCUCACGCCUAUGCCCACUCCUCCGGAUGCCUCUCUCCCCUCCUUCCCGGAUCCCUCCCACUCCCGCCCAGCACUCUAUCGCACCCUGCACUACUCCUACCUGCCCUCCCGUACCGCUCGUCGAACCUUGCGCGGUCCGACGGUCGAUGAGCCGUUGAGCGAGUACGAGAAGGAGUGGGUGGAGAAUACAGGACGGGUGAGGGACGAUGGGGGUUUGGUGGAUUGGUGGGGGAAUCAGGUGGGCGAGAGAGGAGAUUGGGGACGAACGGUGCUGAGUCCCAUCGUCACCGAAACGGAGCCGACGCACUCAUCACCCGAGAUUUCGCCUCCCUCGUCAAUCGUCUCCUCUUCGCGCUACGUCGUCCGUCGAGACCUGCACGAAGGGGCGUAUCAGCCUCUUGUUGUUCCGCUUGCGAACGAGAGGGAGGUCGACGGAGGGAGCGGGAGUGGGAGUAGUAGCGAGAGGACAAGGGUUGCAGGAGGAGGGGCGAUGCCGUUCGUGCCUUCGCCGCUCUCGCGCCAGACGAAGCCGAGUGUUGGAAGCGGUGAUGCGACUGAGCUCCCGAGGUCGCCGCGGUCCUCGCACACUCCGAAUGUGCCGGCCAACUCGCCUUUUCCGACUGUAACGAGGAGGAGCCCCUCCAUGCCGCCCGCUCGCGAAGGUAACACUCCUCACACCGUCUCUCCUCUCCCCGAGUCGCCGCAUAGCUUCGCGUACCACUCCCUCUCGACCAUCCCCAGCACCCGCGCCAUUCCCUCCACAACCUCCCUCGACCCCGCUUCUUCCUCGCACUCACCUCGGUUCUCCUCGACAACCCCAACGUCCGCGACGAGGGAGCGCGAGAGACAUGGAGGGGACUUGCCGCCGUUCCCGUCUCCGAGGGACUUUGAGGGCGUCGAUGUUGCGAGUCCGGAUUUGCGCUCAGUCUUAGGUCCCGAAGAUGAGGGGAUUGAGACGCCGCAGGCGGAGAGUAGGGGUUCGAGAACGGACUCGACGACGAGGGUCAGUCAUGCGGCGACGUGCGAGACGAGGUCGCGGACAAGUCGGAGUCGCCGGCACUCGAUGACGGGCGGGUCGAGCGUGACGGAGAUGCCUUCUCCGCCGCCGCCAUCCCGCCUUUCCACCGCCCCAGAGUCGACGAAUCGCCCUCGUCGCGCCUCGUCGCAUGACCGCACAGCAAGUCUCGCGAGGUCGCCCUCAACCAACCUCGCCUCGCCGCCUCCUCCGUCGCGUGUCUCUCCAACGACCGAGACUUCAAGCCGUUCUGGUCAGAUCCCGUCUCACAGCAGGUCAGCCAGUCAGCCAAGCGUGACGUCUCACACGAUCGACAUCCCUUCUCCUCCGCCGCCUUCCCGCCUCGCCUCAACUCCCGACGAGUCAACUCGCCGCGCCUCAACGAGCGACCAGCCGACUUCGAGGCGCAGCACUUCGCAUUCGGUCGACCUGCCGUCUCCGCCUCCUCCGUCUCGCUUGUCGACCGCGGCAGACAGCUCGACUCGAUUUCAAAGCUCGUCGUCGCGAGAUGCUGGAGUCAGGCCCGGCGCUUCCGCCUCGGCGGCGCUCUCGGUCGACGAGAAUACACCUCGCACGUCGUCUCACAGGCGCUCGUCGAGCGCUUCGCCGAACAAGUCGCAAAACACGGUUGCCGUCCCGCUCAAUCCGCUCGGGAGCGCUACGCCAAGCCGCGAAGGAGUCUCCGACUCGCUUCGAAGCAGAGAUGACAGCAUCUCGCGCUGGGCGCGGGAGGUCGCAACGCCGUCUCCGUCAAAAGCGUCUCGUCGCAGCGGGCAACCUUCCGAUCUUGCCGACCUGACCGCCUCAACGACGACAACUUCGACCGCUCCAGCUAUCCCGGGACAAGCGCCGAGCAGCGAGUCCGCGCCGCCUUCGCCGACACGCAGCAAGUCUCGCAGCGUUACCAGCCCGCUCUCCUCCAGCCGCUCGCCGACGACGCCGCUCUCGCUCGACUAUAUGCCCACUCUGUCGAGGUCGCCUGCUCAAAGCCCGCCUUCCACACCGCCAUCGGGUACUGAGACGCCUCGAGCCGAGCAGCCUUCCACGCAGGAGACGUCUGAAGCGUUGCGCACGCUCACUACGUCACCGAGCAAGUUGGCCACGAGCAGGCGUACCCGUUCGCUCUCAGUCAGUAGCGGGCGGAGCAUGGACGACGUAGCGCGCUGGGCGAGACAGACUACAACUGCGACGGCCAGCUCGUUCGGCGGGGGCAAAUCAACAACUUCGACGACAAGGUCGCCUCGCUCGCCGCCAACCAGUCCGCCUCCAACUACUCCGCCGACCGUGACAGACGGCGACAUUGCGAAGGACCGCUCGCCUGUCUCUGCGUCGACUCGCUCGCCAACUCGCAGGUCCAAGACGACGAGCUUGACUCGCGAUGCCAGCAGGCCCACGGUGACGAGUAGCUCCGUUGGACCCGACCUGAGCGGCCACGGCAAUCUCUCGCUCGACUCGUUGUCGAGCUCGUCGAGGCCGACCACGAUCAGGGUGCCGACUUCUGCACCUCCUCCUUCCACCGACAUUUACCUCGAGCCGGCUCCGGCAGGCCCCUCCUCGAGCCGUCUCGCGUCGACUUCCGCCUCUACAUACACUGCUCCGCCUCUCCCCGAAACGCUUUCGCCCUCCUUCGCAGCGGACAUUCUAACUCCCGCACCCUCAUCCGCCUCAUUCCCCUCUCCUUCAGCUUCUGAAGUCGACAGCGGCUCGACACCACCGACGCCACCAAGCACCGCGCGUCGCUUCGUCAAGCCGCUGCGCCCCGGUCCUUUCCCCGUCCCAGUCCUCACGGAAGAAGAGCGUGCGGCGAGGCGGGCGUUCCGCAAGACUGGGAGGAGUAAGGAGUACGAUCUGCCGUGCGAGAAGACGAAGAUGAACAUGCGCAGGAGGGCGUGGGAGGAGAUGCAGAAGUUCGAGAAAGAGAAGCUUCGCCUCCUUCAAUUGCUCGGGGACGCAGAGCUCGGCCGACAAGAUGUUCCCAUCGUCAACGCUCUCGCUCACCUUCAUCUCGGCGCAGCCGUUGCGUCCGCUCGUCGCGAAGGGGUCCACUUUCUGCAGCAAUCCCUCGUUCUCGACGAGACGCAGCCGGACAUCGCGCACCUUCUCGCUGCCGAGCUUGAGGACGAAGACCUCGACGAAUCUCUGCACUGGCAUCGCCACGCACUGCAGUUGCAGCCCGACAAUCCCGAGUACCUUCUCUCGCUCGGCCUCGCCUUGACCCGCCUCCCCGACUACCCGUCCGCGACAAACGCCUUCCUCGACCUCUCAAACACCUUCCUGAACAUGCCUUACGAAGCCAUCGGGCUGUACGAGCUGGGCCGCGCGUACGAGGCGACGGACGAGCCUGGACCUGCGAGGGAGGGGUACGAGGCCGCGCUCGACUGCCUCGCCAGAUUGCGCCUCAUUGACCCAGCUCUUCGAAUGGGCGCGAGGUGGUCUGGCCUAGACGCGAUCGAGGAAACAGUGCUCGGCGGUUUGAGGCGGUUGGGCGGCGUAAGGAGUGUAGGCGGCUCGCUGCGAGACCAUGGGUCACCGGCACCCACCAAUGCGCGCUCGUUCGCCUCGCCGGCAACACUUCGCCGUCCUGCUUCUCCCAGCACUUCCCAUCGCAACACCCCUCUUCCCUUCGACGACGCCAUACAUUCGCCUCGUAUGCCGACCAAGCGCUCGCCGCCAAAGCCUCCGUCCUCAAUCGAUAGCCCGCCACCGUCUCGCAACGUAACGCCGUCGCUCCACGAGGUCGUCCCGCCGCCCUCUCGCUCACCUCUGCACCACAAGCGCAGGCGCAAAGUCGACCCUGCCACAGCUCGCACGCUUGAUGCGAUCACUGCUGGUCUCAAGGAGAUGGCGAGGUCCGGCGGCGCUGCUAAGCUUGCCGAGUCAAGUCGUCUUCUCGCCGAUGAGGUCGACUUGGCGUACCAGCGCAUGCGGGACCAAGCGGAAACCGAGUCGCAGCUCGAAGACGACCUCCUUCAUUCGAUCGAGGCACUCGACCGCGAGCUGCACGCUCUGCCAGACAAGCUGGUCGCUACUGCGCGUCUCGCCGCCGCAAGACCUCCCGGCGUCCCUCCUCCGCCCGGAACCGUCGACCCUCUCCACUCCGCCCUCCGAAAGCUCGAAAAGGCCCGUCGGUUGGCCAAGUAG